AUGCGUACCUACGACGACUCCUUCAGCGGUCAGAAGAUCUACCCGGGCAAGGGCAAGCUCUACGUCCGCGGUGACAGCAAGAUCUUCCGCUUCCAAAACGGCAAGACCGAGUCCCUCUUCCUCCAGCGCAAGAACCCUCGCAAGAUUCACUGGACCACCCUGUACCGAAGGGCGCACAAGAAGGGUAUCUCUGAGGAAGUCGCCAAGAAGCGCACCCGCCGCACAGUCAAGCACCAGCGUGCCAUCGUCGGUGCCUCGCUCGAUGUGAUCAAGGAGCGCCGUUCCCAGCGACCCGAGGCCCGCGCCGCUGCCCGCAGCGCCGCCGUCAAGGAGGGCAAGGAGAAGAAGGCCGAGGCCGACGCAAAGAAGAAGGCAGAGAAGGCCAAGAACGCUGCUGCCGGACGGGGCCAGGCCGCAAAGGUCAGCAAGCAGGGUGCCAAGGGCGCCGCACCAAAGGUGCAGGCAAGGACUCGUUAA